ACAGACUAACUCACAGCAGUCCAACAGAAGCAGUGGGCUGGCUGAGGUAUGAGCUCUAGCCGGUUCUUCUGCAUUUUCCAGAGGAUUUCCGUGUGCAGUGCUGCUCGCUGAUUGUUGCUGCGGCUGCUGUUGUUGUGCUGAUGCCGGGCGCCAAGCUCGAUGGCUUUCAUCAGGAGAAAGGAGCGUUCCCGAGAGAGGUUCUCCUUGUUGUUGUUGGACCUUGAGGAGUAUUAUUUUGAACAGCAUACUGCAUAUCAUAUGACUGGCAAUGGCAGCAGUUCACUCCCAAACAGAUAUAAUCAAGGCUCACUGAAGAUCUGCUCCAAAUCAGUUAUUUUUGAGCCAGACGAGGUGAACAAACCCAUUCUAAAGAUUCCCCUGAAAGACUGCAAACGGAUAGAAGCAGUGGAGGAGAAUGACGGCAACCCUUUUAAAGAAACCAAACCUGCAUGUAUACUUGUGGAAACCAAGCAGGUUUAUCUCAUUAAAGAGGGAGAUGUCGUUGCUCCGUACAAAUAUGAGAGGGGAGAAAGAAAUGUCAUAUUCCAGCUGGAUAUGCCCUUAAAAACAGAAGAUGUUGUCCAGACAUUGCUGCAGUUACACAGAGCAUCAUGUCUGGACAAGCUGGGAGACCAGACAGCCAUGAUUGCUGCUAAUUUGCAGUCCAGGUUGGCAAGAACAUCUUUUGAUAAGAACAGUUUUCAGAGUGUGACGGAGCGUCCACAUAUGGAGUGUGAGGCUGAGAUGGUGUCCCCAUUGGUGACCAACCCUGGACACGUCUGCAUCACUGACCACAACCUCUACUUCCAGCCCCUCAACAGUUACCCUGAUUCAGUGGUGCAGAUUGGGCUUCAUAGUGUUCGGCGCAUCUACAAAAGAAGACACGGCCUGAGACCACUGGGCUUGGAGGUAUUUUGUACAGAGAACGAUCUGUGUUCAGAUAUCUACCUGAAGUUCUACAAUACGAAAGACAGGGAUGAGCUGUACUACUACAUUGCCACUUUCCUAGAGAAUCACAUAACAGAGCACACAGCAGAGAGUUACAUGUUGCAGUGGCAGAGAGGCCACAUCUCUAACUAUCAGUACCUGCUGCACCUCAACAACCUGGCAGACCGCAGCGUUAACGACCUCUCUCAGUACCCUGUGUUUCCCUGGGUCAUCAGCGACUACAGCAGCCCACAACUGGAUUUGUUGAAUCCUGCUUCGUUUCGGGAUCUAAGUAAACCUGUGGGAGCUUUAAACACUGAAAGACUGGAAAGACUACUAGAGCGUUACAGGGACAUGCCUGAGCCUCGUUUCAUGUAUGGUAGCCAUUACUCCUCUCCAGGGUAUGUUCUCUUCUACCUCGUUAGAGUGGCUCCAGAGCACAUGCUGUGUUUGCAGAAUGGACGCUAUGACCACGCAGACCGGAUGUUCAAUAGUGUUGGAGAAACAUGGAAAAAUUGUUUAGAGGGAGGGACUGACUUCAAAGAGCUGAUCCCCGAGUUCUAUGGCACAGACAGCAGUUUCCUGAAGAACCUGUUGAGUUUGAAUUUGGGUCGAAGGCAGGGUGGAGGUCGAGUAGGAGACGUUGAGCUGCCUUCCUGGGCCUCAGAAGUAGAUGAUUUCCUGCAGAAGAUGCGUGCUGCAUUGGAGAGUCAGCAUGUUUCUGAGCACCUGCAUGAGUGGAUCGAUUUGAUCUUUGGCUACAAACAGAGAGGCAGUGAAGCUGUGGCAGCACACAAUGUUUUCCAUCCAUUAACAUAUGAGGGAGUCAUUGACUGUGACAGUAUUGAGGAUCCAGAUCAGAAGAUAGCAAUGCUGACGCAGAUUUUGGAGUUUGGACAGACGCCUCGACAGCUCUUCACCACUCCUCAUCCUCAGCGGAUCACUCCCCGCUUCCACAGCGUCUCCUCAGGAACCAGCCUCAGCACCUCGCCCAAUGACCUUUCACCAGCCUCUCCAAGCUUGGACUCUUUUGAGGACCUGACAGAGGAGAGUAAGACGCUGGCCUGGAGCAAUAUGAACAAACUCGCACUGCAGUCCAGUCACAAGAUACAUAAAGAGGUAGUGACGGGUAUCGCAGGGACCUUAAGUGGAACAUCCAUUUUCUCAACAUCUCAAGACUCAACCUUGAAGAUGUUUUCUAAAGAGGGAGGUGGUCUGCAGAGGAGCAUAUCCUUUUCCAACAUGGCUCUGUCCUCUUGUGUGAUGCUGCCAGAGGAUAAAACGGUGGUUUGUUCUUCAUGGGACAAUAAUGUGUACUUCUACUCAAUAGCCUAUGGUAGAAGGCAGGACACGCUCAUGGGUCACGAUGAUGCAGUCAGUCAGGUUUGCUGGAGAGACAAUCAGCUGUACACAGCGUCCUGGGACUCUACUAUAAAGGUCUGGAAGUGUGUGGCAGCAGAUAUUUCCAGUAAUAAGAGGGCUCAUUUUGAGCUGUUGGCUGAGCUGGAACAUGAAUCUGGGGUUAACACAAUAGCUCUCAGUCCUGCUGGCACACUCUUGGCAUCAGGCACUAAAGAGGGCUCUCUCAGUGUUUGGGAUAUCGCCAGCUGUUCCCUACUUCAUCAAAUAGCCUGCCAUUCUGGCAAGAUCCACCAGGUGGCCUUUAGUCCAGACAGUAGAAAUAUUCUUAGUGUGGGUGAGGACUCGUGUUUGAAGGUUACAGACGUGCAGACAGGCAUGCUGCUUUCUACUGUUCCUGCAGAGGAUGAGCAGAGGUGCUUCUGUUGGGACGGUAACACUGUGUUAUCUGGUGGACAGUCAGGGAACCUGCUCAUUUGGGACCUUCUUAGCAGCAAGGUCAUACACAAGAUCCCUGCUCACUCAGGUCCUGUCACUUGUAUUUGGAUGAAUGAACAAUGCAGCAGUGUCAUCACAGGAGGAGAAGAUAAACAAAUCAUGUUCUGGAAACACCAGUAUUGAAAGACACACACACACAUUUUUGCUGGACACAAGUAUUCAGUCUAAAAGCCAUGAUCCAUUUUUACCAAACUGACAUAUCCUGUGAUUAUAUGAGCAUAAAUAUGAUACAGAGAAGAGAACAUAAGUGAAAUCAGGGGUUCCUAAAGUAGCCCUGUUCUUUGCAGGAGUGCUUUUUAAUUAUCUGAUUAGCUGGAUGAGAUGAGUUAGAGUUCUGGAACACCAAAAUAUGCAUGACUGGGGGCCUCCAUGACCAGGGAAGGGAACCACUGAGUAAAUGUUUGUGCACAGAUUUCAAUGUAAUCAAGUUUGUUUUACUGAUAGUGAGGCGUUUUUACAGCGAAACCACAGUCUAAAUAUGUAAACAUUACACUGUAACAUGAUGUUGAGAGUUUUAUUGUUUUAGAUUAUUCUUUUAUUACUUUUAUUUUUCUUCACAACCAAUAUGAUGCCAUGUUAAUAAACGGGGAUGGUAUAGUGAGGUUGCACUAGAAAGAGAGAAAUGAGUCACAUAUUGCAUAAAUAUCUAAAGAACAUUUGUUUGUCUUGUCCUAUAUGGAAUACAUCUGUCUUAUUGAUGGUGCAGUCCCAAUCUUUAUCCUAUCAAAAACAUGUUUUUUCUUUUCUUUUAACAUAAAAACUCAUAAUAUCAUAUUUAUGCCCAUAGAUAUCACAAGUAUAUGACAGAGCCUGUGCAAUACACACAAGUAUUUAGUAAAGCAUAACGCUUAAUAAAAUAGUAUGAAAAGACUAUAAAAUAUGCAUUUUCAUAACCGUGUGAUAUAUAUAUAUAUAUAAUAUUAGGACUUGUUUCAGUUCUUGUAAUGUAUUGUGUUGUUGCAACAUUGAAGUCCUACAUCACUGGUGGUGUCUACAUUACAGGGACUUGCAGUGGCUCAGCCAAUAGGUACAUUCCUUUACAGAACUGAGUUUUGUAAUUUGCUGCUUUUUUAAAAGGAGGAAUGGGUGGCAGGUUCACGUUCCUCCAGCUGGUGAAGCGUAAGGAUGAGGAAAAUCAGUCCAAAUAGUAAAAAGAAAAUGACCUUUUAAAAGGCGUAAAAAUGUCAAUGUUAAAAAAAUACCUGAAAGCAGUAUUUAUUCAUGUAACAUUAUGUAAUAUAACAUUUAUUACUGCAUGCAAUCCCGAAUACCUGCUUAACAAUCAGGAAUUGCCAAAACAGUGGCGUGAACACAGGACUGGCUCUAAACUUACUAACGUAGAUGAUCAUAAAUGUUCUUGUUGUACGUUUUCCUGGCUGGGUUAUUGUUAAGAACUUGGUAGUCAAACCUGGUCUUGUAGUUUCAGCAGUUCAAAUUGGGGCUUAAAUGAGACUCUUUUUAUUACUUGGUUAGAUGUGACAUUUUACACAAUAUGCAAAAUUUUAUAUAAUCAAGACAGCUGAUUAUAUUCUUUAUUCACUUUAGUGCAGGUAAAAAGAUUGAAGUGCAUUACCAUUAUACAGUAAAUCUUUUUAUUUCCUUUGUUCAUUAAAAAAGUGGCAUUGACGCAGUUACAACUUGAAUACGUUUUGCUUAUCACUAGUGCGGUUAUUUACGCAUUAAAUUUUAUGUAAAAUUUUAUGCAGUUUUUUUUGACCUACGAAACCUGUUUGAAGCUUCAAAAAUGUGCCUUAAUUAUUGAACAUUUAAGCUUGAAUAUGCAGCCACAAACUACUUGGUAAAUAGACUCAUAUUUAUUGUGUAUAAAUGUUUUGAUAGGUAGGUAUUAAACUGUAUUAAUAGUUAUGCAAACAUGAAAACACUGUGUGUGUGUGUGUGUGUGUGUGUGUGUGUGUGUGUGUGUGUGUGUGUGUGUGUAUCAAUAUAUAUCAAUAUGUAUAUAUUGAUAUAUAUCAAUACAUACAUAUUAAUUUUCAUUUUAUAUUUAUAUAUUACUGCAGAAAGUAUUCAGAGUUUGCUCUUCAGUGAAGAGUUUUUUUUUUUUCUUGAUAUAGUUCAAAAAAAUAACUCAGCAAAGAAGUUACUUGGCUAAGAAAUGUAUAGGAAAGAUAUUAUGACAUCAUGCUGUGCAAUAUACAACUGAAUAAUCUGUAGAAGCCAAUAUAUAAAUAUGUAGUUUACGUCCAAAGACAUCAUGUAUAUCUACUGCAGUAAGUGUGCAUUAACAAGUGACCUGUCUUUUGGGUUUUGUAUCUUGUGUUUUUUUUUUUUUGUUGUUGUUUUUUUUUGACAGUUUGCGGAAAACAGUAGGAUGAGAUCCUGAGCUUUUGCAUUAGUUUACAAUGACAAGUUUCCAAGGUGUCAUGUUAUCUUUAGCCUUUCCGGAAAACUGGAUCAGCCUUUGGAACAUUAACUUGUUUGGGUUUUUUUUUUGUGUGUGUUCUGAACUAAAUAAAUGUCAUGUCCCUCUAUACAAAUGUCACGGUGCCAUCAAAAAAUGCUCACUCACUGACCUUCAGCGUUAAGAGUAAAAACUAGGGGCUGAAAAGUGUCAUAAGAGUCCAGCAGAUGGUGAUGUUUCAUAAUAAAUGCUGGAAACAAACCAUGAAGACCUUGUUAUAAUCACUUAGGACAGAAAAUAUGAAUUUCCUUUUCUAGACAAAUUAUUAAUAUGUUGGUUAUAAGACUACAGUUUGGAUUGAUAUCUGACAUCUCUCGGCACUCUAGUCAAUACACAGAUUUGUUCAAUUCCAUCUGAUUAUUUAAUUAACUAAAUAGCUGAAGUGGAUUUUGGACUUCUUAAGAAGAGCUUUGGAAACAGUCUAGCGAACACACACAAUGUAUGCUUUAUUGUAUUAAUUCUAAUGUUUUACAAUAAAUAAAUACUGCUCUGAUUAA